AUGAAUCGACCUGAGCAACGAGAUCCAGAUUCAGCAGACUCGUACACGGUAGCGUGGAUCUGUGCGCUGGAAGAGGAGUAUUUUUGUGCAUGCCGUAUGCUCGACGAGGAAUACGGCGGGCCGGAAAUAAGCGAAGACAACGAUGAUAACACAUACGUCUACGGUCGUAUUGCUAAGCAUUACGUGGUGAUUGGUUGUCUUCCGGCCGGUCGGUAUGGCACCAAUUCAGCUGCUCGUGUUGCCCGAGAUAUAGUUCGAACCUUUCCACGCUUGCGAUUCGCAUUAAUGGUAGGCAUCGGAGGCGGCGCACCAACUACCCGGAAUGAUAUCCGAUUGGGGGAUGUUGUCAAGAUUAUCACCAACCAACUGUUAACCGGCUUUAUGCUACAAACUAUCUAUAUGUGUUCGGACGAAAUUGUGACGAAUGCGAUUUACACUCGGUGGUGGUCCGCCCGCAACCACCGUAUUCUCCACGUUUACUAUAGAAAUAUUGCGUCAGGGAAUUCCGUACUUAAGGAUGCCACUAUACGGGAUAUAUAUGCGAAUGACCCGGAGCUGAAUAUUCUAUGCUUCGAAAUGGAGGCUGCAGGUCUCAUAAACAACAUCCUAUGUCUGAUUAUUCGCGGAAUCUGCGAUUAUUGCGACUCCCACAAGAAUGACGACUGGACUGUCCUGACGACGGUGGAAUAUUUGGACCAGAAGAUUGACCUUCGGAAGUUGGAAGGCGCGAUGGAGGCAGGGUUUGAAUCCUUCUCCGAUCGAGACGAAGUCCAAUGUCUUCAAGGAACUAGGACCGAGCUUCUCCAGCAGAUAAUGGAAUGGGCCGUCUCGCCGUCCCAAAAAAGCAUUUUCUGGCUAAAUGGAAUGGCUGGGACAGGAAAAUCCACAAUAUCUCGGACUGUGGCAAAAUUGCUCAAGGACACCGACCAUCUGGGUGCAACUUUCUUCUUUAAGAGGGGUGAAGGGGACCGAGGGAACGCGAAGAAGUUUUUUCCGACAUUGACAAGGCAACUCACUCUCAAAAUUUCUGAGCUAAGGUCUAGCGUGCAAAAGACACUCCAUAAUGACCCUGACAUUGCGUCAAAAUCGCUUAGGGAGCAGUUUGAGAAACUACUCCUUCAACCGCUGCUGCAUCUUAAUCGAUUUGGCCAACAACCUCAAAUUUCUGUGAUAGUGAUCGAUGCUUUGGACGAAUGUGAACAUGAUCAAGAUAUCCGGAAUAUAAUCCGAUUACUGCCUCUUCUACAGAAGGCAAAAGCAGUUCGCCUUCGGAUCUUUUUAACUAGCAGGCCUGAACUCCCAAUCAGCCUCGGCUUUUCAGAGAUCGCAGACCGUGAAUAUCAGGACCUAGCUCUUCACGAGGUAUCCGAAGAAUUGACAGAACAUGACAUCCAGUUAUUCCUACAAGACCGAUUUGCGAGGAUCAAACACGAUAGAAAUAUUUCACAAGACUGGCCCGGCGAUAACGUCAUUAAAGACUUGGUCACAAUAUCCGUUCCACUAUUUAUUUCGGCUGCCACUAUGUGCCGUUAUAUCGAACAUUCAAAAUGGGAACCUAAAUUGCGCCUCGCAGAGCUUUUGAAAGACCAAGCCAAAUAUUUAUCGAGAAUGGAUAAAACAUAUCUACCAAUUCUGACGCGACUACUAGACGAUCAAGAGAGUGAUAAGGCGGAGCAGCAGCAGCUCCUACAAGAAUUCCAGAAAAUAGUCGGUAUUAUCAUUCUUCUUGCUGUUCCGCUUUCAAUAAAUACGCUAUCGCUGUUGCUUAAGAUAGAAGCAGACCAGAUCAGUAAUCGAUUGGAUUCAUUCCGAUCGGUUUUAAGCAUUUCUAAGGACCGAGAUCAGCCUAUUAGGAUCCUACAUCUAUCAUUUCGGGAUUUUUUGGUUCGGUCUCCAACCAAAUUUCAUAUGGAUGAGCCGAAAAAUCACACAAAGAUUGCUCAGUUUUGUCUCAAAACCAUGCAGGGUUAUCUACGGAAAGAUAUCUGCAAUUUAGUGAGCCCUGGAACUCGUAGGGCAGACAUCGACCCUCAACAUAUCCGCCAGUACCUUCCAAUGGAAAUACAAUACUCUUGCCGCUACUGGAUCUACCAUCUCGAACGAAGUCAGGUUUUAUCUUCCGAGAUAGAAGACCUGUAUUUAUUCCUCCAGAAGCAUUUUCUGCAUUGGGUGGAAGCGAUGAGCCUGCUUGGUCUUGUAUCAAAGGUGGUAGGUAUGCUUGAUCUCCUCCACAUGGUUGUUCCUAACGACGAAACUUCCGAUUUGUCUAAUUUUCUUCAUGAUGGAAAGCGCUUUAUUCUGAAAUAUUGCCAGAUAGCCGAUGAAGCACCCCUUCAGAUUUAUUGCGCCGGAUUGGUAUUUUCACCUCUGACGGCAAUAAUUCGUAUGGAGUUCAUGCCGGACCUUCCUAGUUGGAUAUGCCAGUUGCCACAAGUUAGUGAAAAAUGGAGUGCAGAAUUACAGACUCUAGAGGGCCAUUCAGCCCCAGUUUGGUCGGUAGCCUUCUCUCCUGAUAGCCGGCUGCUAGCGUCCGGCUCUUGGGAUAACACAGUACGCCUCUGGGAUACGGCGACAGGCGCGCUCCAACAGACUUUUGAGGGCCAUUCACAUUAUGUCCGUUCGGUUGCUUUCUCGCCUGAUGGCCGGCUACUAGCGUCUGGCUCUUAUGAUAACACAGUACGCACCUGGGAUACGGCGACGGGGGCGCUCCAGAAGACUAUUGAGGCUGGAUUUUGGUGGGUCUGGUCAGUGACCUUCUCGCCUGAUGGCCGGCUUCUUGCUUCCGGCUGCGAGGAUGAUAGAGUGCGGCUCUGGGACUCGGCAACAGGCGCGCUGCAGCAUACCCUCAAGGGCCAUUCACAUUCGAUUGCAUCAGUGGCUUUCUCCCCUGAUAACAGGUUGCUAGCUUCUGGCUCCUAUGAUUCGACAAUACGGCUCUGGGACCCGGUAACAGGUGAGCUGCAGCAGACACUCGAGGGCCAUUUAUCUUCAGUUACGUCAGUGGCCUUUUCACCCGACGGUCAGUUGCUAGCAUCUGGCUCCUAUGAUUCGACAAUACGGCUCUGGUAUCCGGCAACUGGUGCGCUCCAGCAGCACCUUGAGGGUCAUUUAUACUCGGUUCAGUCUGUAGCUUUCACGCCUGACAGCCGUCUUUUAGCGUCUGGAUCUGAUGAUAGGACAGUACGGAUCUGGGAUAUAUCGACAGGUGCGCUGCAACAUAUCCUCGAAGGUCAUGUGGGUUCUGUUAAAUCGGUGGUCUUCUCGCCUAAUAGCCGGCGAUUAGCAUCUGGAUCCGACGAUCACACAGUGCGGAUUUGGGAACCAGCAAUAGAAGCGCACCAGCAUAUGUUUACGGGCUAUUCACAUUCAAUUGUUUCGGUGGCCUUCUCGCCCGACGGCCAGCUGCUAGCAUCUGGCUCACAUUCCACAGUACGGCUCUGGGACACAGCAACAGGCUCGCUCCAGCAGACUCUCAAAGGCAAUCUAGAUUGGGUGUGGUCAAUUGCCAUCUCGCUCGACAAUCGAGUACUAGUGUCCGGUUCUCAAGAUAAGACUGUGAGACUCUGGGACAUAGCAACCGGCACACUUCAGCAGACUAUCGAAAGCCACCCAGAUUCAGUUCGGUCGGUAGCCCUUUCGCCCGAUGGUCGGCUUCUUGCUUCCGGCUGUGAAGACCAUAGAGUGCGGCUCUGGGACUCGGCAACAGGCGAGCUGCAGCAUAUCCUAAAGGGUCAUUCAAAUUCAGUUACAUCAGUGGCUUUCUCGCCUGACGGCCGGCUGCUGGCGUCCGGCUCUUGGGAUCGCAGCGUGUGCCUCUGGGACAUUGCAACAGGCUCACUUCAACAGACAUGGGAUUUUCAAGUUAUAGUCACUGUUUUCGAAUUUUCCCAUGACGGUUCAUAUUUGCAUACCAGCUUAGGCGGCAUUGACACUCAGGUAGGGUGUGCCAUUUCCACAUUCAAUUCGCCUCAUGCAAACCUGGAAAUCUCUGAAGAUCAUCAGUGGAUAAAAUUGAAUGGCGAAGAGGUUUUAUGGCUUCCUCCCGAGUCUCGACCUGAUUGCUUCAGGAUCAAAGGCAGUAAACUUGCCCUAGGACAAAAAUCAGGGCAGGUUUCGUUCAUCGACUUUUGUACAUGA